GGCAGUUUACUUCCUGUGUAUUUUUUUUAACCGUAUUGACAUCCGUCUUUCACGGUCGUGUUAUAUCUUAGGUCUGUUAAAUAGACUUCCUCAACCUUUGUGGCAGCUUUUAAUCCAUUUUCUCCGUACAUGAAGAGCGGGCUGUAGGAGCUCAGCAGCCGGGGAAGGAGAGAUGAUGGCGGGGCUGCUGUUGGCGUUAGUAGGGGGGCUGCUGGAGGUCUGCAGCGGCGUUUCAGCCAACAGAGGAGGCUAUCCCUCAUUCACAGACGAAAUCCCUUUCAAAAUCACCUGGCCUGGCGCUGAAUUUACGCUGCCAACUUCAGGUGCACUUUACAGUGAGGAAGACUUUGUCAUCUUGACCACAACAGAGAAGGAAAAGUACAAAUGUCUCCUCCCUUCACUGACGGCUGGAGAGGAGGAUGAUGAAAAGGAGUACGGCGGGCCCAGUCCAGGUGAACUGCUCGAGUCGCUAUUCAAACGAAGCAGCUGCUCCUACAGGAUUGAGUCGUACUGGACGUACGAAGUAUGCCAUGGAAAACAUGUAAGGCAGUACCAUGAAGAGAAGGAGACUUCUCAGAAGAUCAGUGUACAAGAGUACUUCUUGGGAAAUAUGGCUCAAAAGAGCCAAUCAACAGAGACAGAUCAAGCUGAGAAGACAGACAGCGUCAAACCGUCCGAAACCAAAGUGCCCACUAAGAACAUUGAAGGUCAGCUGACUCCCUACUACUCAGUGGAGAUGGGAAACGGGACUCCGUGUUUGCUGAAACAGGACCAGCCUCGUUCCACAGCCGUGCUGUACGUCUGCCAUCCGGAGGCCAAGCACGAGAUCUUGUCUGUCGCUGAGGUCACCACCUGCGAAUAUGAGGUGGUGGUGCUGACGCCUCUGCUUUGUGCACACCCAAAAUACAGGUUCAAAUCCUCCCCGGUGAACGCCAUCUUCUGCCAGGCUCUGGCGGGCUCCCCUCUGCGGCCUCAGCGGCUCGCCCAGUUGGACAAAGAACAAGAGGAGCAGCUUAAACCACCUUUCGGUGCCACAUCUGAGCCCAGAGAGGAGGAGACGUCAGCAGUGAGAGAAGAAGCCUUCACCUCCACCCACAAACCCAUGACCGUCGGAGGGCAGUCUCAGGUCACCGUUGGUACCACGCACAUCUCUCGCUUGACAGACGAACAGCUAAUUAAGGAGUUCCUGAGUGGCUCGUACUGUCUGCACGGGGGUGUAGGAUGGUGGAAAUAUGAAUUCUGUUACGGAAGGCACGUCCAUCAGUACCAUGAGGAUAAAGAGCAAGGGAAGAACAUUGUAGUGGUGGGGAACUGGAAUGCAGAUGAACACCUCGACUGGGCCAAGAAGAACGUCGCCCGAUCCCUCCAGCUCAGAGAGGACGGAGUGCAGAAAGUCAAGUUGGUUUCCCACUUCUAUGGCCACGGUGAUGUGUGUGACCUGACAGGGAAGCCCAGACAGGUCAUCGUCAAGCUCAAAUGUAAGGAGUCUGAGUCUCCCCAUGCUGUCACUGUCUAUAUGCUGGAGCCUCAGACUUGUCAGUAUGUCCUUGGGGUUGAGUCACCGGUCAUAUGCAGGAUUCUUGACACUGCUGAUGACUAUGGGCUUCUGUCACUCUCCAGUUAAACUGGCGGAGUUUUACUGGAACAGCAGCGGUGCACGGAGGACAUAAAGAACGAGGACACUUAGUAAGCAAGAUGCCCUUAAGACUGCGCUACAAGCCAAAACUGAGAAUAAACUCAAUCCUGAGGCUGGACCUCAUGUAGCCCAGGGAGAACAGGCCCCGCCCACACUCCCAUGACCUGUGCGAUGGGUGACGCUACAUCAGCCCGACUCUAACUUAAAUCAAAUUCAGGCAGUGGAGUUAUUGCUUGAACUUCAUAUCUAUGCUUCACUUUGUGAUGAUUGAUUGCAAGAAAAGGAGUGACGAAUCAUCAGGGGAAUUAACAAUAUUCAAAGUGGUUUUGGUGUGUGUGUGUGUGUGUGUGUGUGUGUGUGUGUGUGUGUGUGUGU